GGCAGGAGGAAGUCGCCAUGUUGGGUGUUUGUGCGAGGGUGGAAGUUAUGCGGUAGGUUUUCAAUUCCUGCCAGGCAUUGUCACCGUUCAGUGGAGUUGGAUAAAAGACUGGGAUCUUGGAGUUUAUCGGACGGUGUUGGUUGAUUUUUUAAUCAACCAUGCCGUUAAUAAAACGACAGGUCAGUCCGUCCGAAUUAAGUCGUGGAAAGUUAGAAGAUGGGUUUAAGAGUGAAUUGGAAGCGGUGUCUGUAAACACGUUAUGUGGAAUCAUGCGACAACUUAGUAGCAUUUCUAAACACGCAGAGGACCUUUUUGGAGAGUUAUUUGCAGAAACGAAUAAUAUCUGUCAAAGAACGAACUCCCUUCAUGAAAGAAUGCAGAAUUUGUCCAUUAAAGUGACACAACUGGACUCCAAUGUGGAAGAAAGUAAGUGAUCAAGGUUAUGGGUGCUGAAAGAAUAUAUUGCCUACUUUGGAUUGCUCGGCCAGAUUUGUUGAAUUCCUUUGUUCGUGGACGACGGAAAUCGACAUAAUCUUGCUUGUUAAAAAUACACUUUCUUACUGUCGAUAUCACCUUUUUCAUGAGCUUACGCUGUAUAAAACUUGAUAUUUUUAUCUUGAUUCAAUGAAUAAUUAAGCGUCGCUAUUCUUAUUCUCGUCUUGGUUGGACAAAACACCAUUCUAAAUUGAGGGGUUACCCUGAUUUAAAUCGCGAAAUUGUUCUCCUUGAAAUAAAUUUUGUUCGGAAAACUUUACCCUCUAAUCAUAAGCUUAAAAUCGUGUUUUCUGAAUAAUCUGGUUACGGUCAUUCCUCGUCACAGUGAUUGCCUUUCGAUACAAAUACGAAAUAUGUCAAAUGGGUUAAUUGUUUCCAAAAUUUCAGUUGUUUUCCUAAUUAACGUUUCAGCUUUCCCACAUUUUGCUUGUUUGUUGUAUGACUGACAAGUACGUUUAAUUGCUUCUAUACUUUAAGUCUUGAAAUAACGAUUAAUAAAAGGAGUUUGGAUGGGUUAUGGUUUGUUUCUUGUGGCUAUUAAUGCGAAUGUAAAACAAUGGAAGGAAGUUUGUCUCUUUAUCUCUGACACCCUCUCGGAAAGGGUCAGACUAGUGCUGUUGAUUGCACAAUUCCUUGAAGAAAUUGUGUUCCAUUGAGAAGAGUCCAUAACUUUGCUUCCUGUUAAAUUUCAAAAUUUACUAUAUUGGUCAUGAAAAGAUGGUAUGUUCUAGAGUUUGUUUGAUGAGAAAUGAGGUUUCUAAUAACAAUUUCUUUGCCAUCUUUUUCCCAUGAAUGUCUUAUUCAUUUUACAUUGAUUUUCCAUUUUUAACUGUUCUAAUUUCUUCCCUGAAUUUAGUUUCUUUACAAGACAUAAACUUGCGCAAAGCCUUCAGGAGUACAAUUGUGACAGAACAACAGGUUCUGGCAAGCAGCACUCUUCCCUCAGCAAUGAAGGAGAGGUACAGUGGUUGUGACAAACCUCCAAGACUUCAAGAUAUGAAUCCUUACAGAGAUGACAAAAAGGAUGCACUCAAGUUUUACACUGAUCCAACUUACUUCUUUGAGCUAUGGUGUGAAGAGAUGAGAAAAGAAGUAGAGAAAAAGAAGAAAAGAAGGGUAGGUAUUUCUGCUUUUGUCUGCUGUUGUGAAACUUUGACACCUUUUCAACAGACAGAUCAGGUGUAGAACUAAAACCAGUUGCAGCUCUGCUACCCUAAGAUUACCAUGUUAUUAUUUUUGUUCAGCUCUGCAUUCUUGUUCAACCCCGUGUUGUUUGUUUUGUGACAGUUAUACUGUACUCAAAAAAGCCCUCUUUUUAAGAUCAUCCCCUCAUCCUGUGAUGUUGUAUUUCUGGGCUGCACAAUUAAUUGCCAUUGACAGUACCUCUCUUUGCCCUGGGAGAAGGAAUGGAUGUUGACAAAUGUCAGUGAAACCCAACAAAUUUCUUUUAUUGGGGUGACUAACCUUACCCCACAUGCAACCUGAGUCAGCUGUAAAACUUUUAGCCUCUUAAUGCCAAGGAAACUAGUGCUAAUGAAUGUGUAAGCAUUGAGUUAUGGGUAUAUUAGCAAUGACCUGAGCCACCAGGCAUUUAUAAGUUAGAUUCUGUUUUGUUUUAGCGGGCUGGCCGGGUGAGGGCUGGAACCAGCGAGAAAAAACCUGUCAAGGCUGUGAAGAAGAGAGUCUACUGUGCACAAGGUGAGGAAUUUAAAACUGCUGGCAUUGCUACAACAACACCUGCUACUGUUACAGAAGAUAAUCAUAAGCCUGAAAGACGUAAUACAGAGUACUCUAAACAGCCUAAUGGUGGCAUCCCUGAUGGUGAACCACCCAAUCAUAUCAUCAGUCCAGGUGAUGGAGCAGGAAAAUCAGGUUCUCCAGCUCAGCGAAGACAGUCUAGACGGUACACUGGUAAUAACAUAAACCGUCCAAAUGUAGCACCACCUCCCCCACCAGUCCCAGCAAUUGGGGGUGGGCCUCCUCCUCCUCCAGCUCCUAUUGCAGCACCUGCUGGAAAUGCAAUUCCUCCACCACCACCGCCACCAGGGGUUCCUGCAGCUCCUCCCCCUCCACCACCACCUCCCUUACCAGGUGCAGGAGGAAUGCCAUCUCUAAAGCAAGCUGCAUCUCAGUCUUCUGUUGGGUUACAGCCAACAAUCUCACCAUCUUCAAAUUCACUGACAACCUCAGAGUCAAGUAUAAGUGUUCAAAGUGGAGACACACCCCUCCCUCCUAAGGAACAAGUUGAUGCUCGCAGUGACUUACUGUCUGCCAUCAGAAGAGGUAUGGAGCUCAGGAAAGUCCAAGUUCAGGAAGCAAAGAAAGAGCAGCACAGUGACACAAACGGUAUCAUGGAUGUGGCGACCAUCUUGGCUCGUCGUAUUGCAGUUGAGUACUCCUCUAGCGAGGAUGAAAGUGAGACAGGUUCUGAAUGGUCAGAUGGGGAAGAUGAGUGAAUUAUUUUGUAUUGGUUUCAUACUUUUGAAUACUUUUGAUACUUUUAGAAUCAACAAAUUGAAAAACUCACACAGAAUAGUCAUUGAUAGAUUGAGGGUUCUUGUGCCAUCUUCCAAGGCCCAAAAUUAAUUUUGUACAAGUGUGAGGUAUGUGAAAUAAUUUCAUACAGCCUCCGUUCGUGGAUUUUGUAUCAACUUUUAUAUGAGUAUAAUACAACCCAACCAUGUACAAACUGAAUCAUAUCAUACUUUUGUCGGUGAUAAUUUGUUACAAAAAGGUUAAGGAAUAGUUACAGAUGUGUGAUAUUUGAUGGGAAAAUGAAAGUUUUUUAAAUUUCGCUAUCAUUGAAAAAUUUUGAAUAAGAUGUUAAGAAGUGUAACAUUAAGGUUGAACCACAGUGGGCAACAAUUUGCUAUCACAGGUCUCUAUUACAGACAGCCCCUUUUAUCUAACUCCAAAAUAAAUUGGCAGAAUGUUACGUAAUAAUUAAUUUCCUCUCCACAAGUAUACAAACAAAUUAGCACCAGUUUGAACCUGGGCAACUUGUUUUGUUCUUUAGCUAGGACAAAGAUUCUGACCAAAAUUCUCCAUGUCCUAUGAAGAUAAUUUUCCUUGGAACCUGUUCAAUUGUCUUGUUACAGCAAAUAGUCAACUGGUUUGUUUUACCCAAAAUAGUAUUUUUAAGGGUGCUUGCUGAUUGUUUAAAUAAGCUUGAACUGCAAGUCAAUUUUAAGAGUUAAUUAUUGUUUAUUGAUGUUGUAACUUAUGAUUGUUACUUUAUGAAUUAAUUUUACAUUAUUGUCUUAUUUUAUGCUUUAUGUCUCUUUUGGUGCAAAAAGUCCUUUGAUUUCCAAUUUGGUUUGCUAAUGUUUCUGACUUAAGUGUCCUUGGUUCAGUAAAGUUCUGGUAGUAAUCAAUUUUUUAACCUUUUAAUCCCUAAGAGUGACUGGCAUCCAAUUUGUCCUCACUUUAUCACCAUUGAUCCAAACAUUUAAGUCAUGAGAAUGAAAAAAAAUGAUCACCAACUUGUGAAGUUUGUGAUUGUUAAAGAAAUCCUCCUACUUAGUACCAUAGAAAUGUAUGGAGAAUACUACAGUUAGGGCAUGAAAUAAGAAAAAGAAAAUGCUGGUAAAUGGGCAACUAAAAAGAGUCAUUUCUGCUGGAACUUAAUUACUCUUUUACUUUUGGUGUACAUUCAUACUUUGGUCAUAGGUUGCUUAUGAACAGAUCAGGUCUUUAUUGAAAAUAUUUGUUUUGUCACGUGUUUUGUUUCCCGAAUGGGUAAACUCCUCUUUGGCUGGUGACUGAUUGUUUACUUUACAAUCAAUAGCCAGAACUGUUAAGGGUGACUUUGCUAUUUUUCUUAAUGAAGAGAGAGCUAAAUGAGGGUAAACAUUUAGUUUUAACCUUAAAAAUCUGGAAUAUUGAUACAUGUAGCUAAAAUUAUGGCAGACUUGUAAAAAGCACUUUAAAGCCACAUGAAUUUUUUUUAUAAAUAAAAUAUGGUAUCAA